AUGACAGCCUUUUGUACAGAUAGAGGCAUGUUCCUGUAUGUAGUGUUCUUUCUUGUGCAAAAUGGAAAUGGAGAGGAGUGUACUCAGAUCAGAAAGGAUGGACAUUACACGUGUGGCGGAAGGAAUCUCACCUGCAUACCUCCCAGUAUUCCUUCCUCUGUGGAGAUGCUGGACUUCAGUUUUAAUUUCUUGCCCACCUUGCGGAGGACUGUAUUCCCUCAGCUGUAUAAUCUGAAACUUCUAGAUCUCACAAGAUGUCAUAUCCAUCAUAUUACUGACGAUGCUUUCCACAAUGUGAAGAAUGUGGCCACUCUAAUUCUCACUGGAAACCCUGUCUCAUAUAUAGGACCUGAUGGAUUAAACUCAUUACGUAAACUACAAAGAUUAGUUCUUGUGGACACUGGCCUGUCAUCUUUAAAUGUCCAGUUCAACAAUCUCACCGGGCUUCAAGAACUAAACAUUGGGACUAACAACAUUCAGUCCAUGGCUCUUCCACCUUUCAUGAUAAAGUUCAGGGACUUCAGUUCACUGAAUCUUCAUGCUAAUAACAUAUCCAUCUUAAGAGUAGAUGACACUGAUGUUCUACGACGGAUGAGGGGGAAUAUCACAUUAAUCCUCUCACGGAACCCGAUAUUAUACAUAGAACCAGGAACAUUUCAGAACCUUCACCUCAGAGAGCUGAACAUACGGAGUGCCUUCGUUUCACUUGAUGCACAAAGGGAUGGUCUAAAAGGACUCGGUGGUCUUAAUGUUGGCAAACUCAUUAUUGGAAGCUACAGAGAGCAUCAUUCAAAUACUAAAGACAUUAAUGACCUUGAUGGUCUCUGCUUAAUCAAUUUUGAAGAGGUUUACUUUUUCCAAAACAAAUGGUUAGAUUUAAGCAGCCAUGUGUUUCGCUGUAUGGUCAAUGCAACAAAAAUCACUCUGAAACAAGGCCAUGUAAGAGUCAUAGAACCUGUCCCAUUUCGUCGGCUUAAAGAACUUCACAUAGAUAAAAAUCGUUUAGAGGAAAUACCCCAACUUUCAAACAUACAGUCCUUAGAAAAACUUGUUGUUGUUAACAACAAUCAAGUAUUGUUUAGAGGUCUCAGAAAUAUGCCCAGUCUCCGGCAUGUAGAUCUGAGUAGAAACCAAAUGUCACUGGGAUCCUGCUGUUUCCGGUAUUUCAGUGACACACCGAACAUUCGCCACCUUAAUCUGAGUCUGAAUGCAAAUAUAAUGUUCCUUGCAAAACCAUUUUCUGGUCUUGACUUGCUUGAGGUAUUAGAUUUUCAUCACACAGAGAUAGGUGUAGUGGGGCAGUUUGGACUUUUACAGAAUAUGAAGAACUUAAAAUAUUUAGACCUUUCAUAUACAAGUAAUACUUUUAGCAGUACUUCGUCUUUUUCUGGUCUUACUAGUCUUAAAGUUCUGAAAAUAGCAGGCAAUGCUUUCCAAGAGGAAACACUGGGAUAUUUAUUUGAAAAUCUUAUCGUUUUGGAAGUUCUUGACAUGUCAAACUGUGGCAUUGAUCGAUUAGUCUGGAGAGAUUUCAGAGACCUCCAGAGACUACAGCAUUUACUUCUAAGUCAAAACAGAUUAACAGCUUUGGAUUUUUUGGCACAGGCAAAUCUACCGAGCCUAAAACAGCUUGCUUUAGACCAAAACAGUAUCUCAAGUAUUCCACAAAAUACUCUCCAAAAUCUACCAAAAAAUCUCUCUGUUUUUGAUUUAUCAUUUAAUCCAAUCAUCUGCCUCUGCACCCAAAGAUAUUUAAUUCAGUGGAUCAUCAAACAUCAGAAAAUGUUUCCUAAACCUCAUAAUGUUUUAUGCAAAACAUUACAAACAGACUCAAAAAUGAGGGCCAUUGAGUUUGACAUUGAAAGUUGCAUACAUGCACCAAUACGUACUCUUGUUUUGUCCAUAUGUGCUGUACUUCUGUUUGUGCUGGCAUCAGUUUUGGUCUAUAGGUUCCAGUUUUACCUGCGGUACGGGUGCGUCCUGCUAAGAGGCUACAGAGCCUCCAGACAGCAAGAAUGUUCCUAUGAUGCAUUUGUAAUCUACUCCAGCAAAGAUGAAUCCUGGGUAAUGGAUGAACUGGUGGAAAAUCUGGAAAAUGGGAUCCCACCCAUCCAUCUGUGCCUCCACGUGCGGGACUUUGAAGCAGGCAAGACCAUCACCUCCAACAUCAUAGACGAGGGCAUCAUGGGCAGUCGUAAAAUUAUAGUGGUCAUAUCUAAACACUUCAUUGAGAGCUCUUGGUGCCGAUUCGAGUUUGAGGUGGCUCAGUCCUGGCUGGUGACACAAGGCAACGCCAACAUCAUCAUCAUUAUUCUGGAAGAUGUGGAGGAGGAGAAGACCAAGAAAGUGUUCGGACUCCAUAAGCACCUGAAAAAGAACACUUACCUGAAGUGGAGCGGGAACCCCAUCAGUAACAUGAGGUUCUGGAUUCGGCUCAGAAAAGCUGUAAUCUCUUAA